AUGAGCCACUUUCCCGGACCUCCCCAGCCCGGACCGCCUCCCGGGCCUCCUCAUCCCGGCGGUGGCAACUUGUCGGAUGACGACGGUGGCUCCGACAUCUUGUCCGCAUUUGGGAGCGACGACGAGAUCGAGGAGGAGCAGGCCCAGCAAAACAACCCGGGGACGCAACUGAAUGCCCAAGUGGUGAUCACACAGAUCAAUAACUGCAUGCAACAAAUCCUGCACUCCACCACCUGGACGGCGUUCGCGACGUACCUGGUCACCACCAUUCAGACGCAGACGGCGCACCGGGGCGCGCUCCACGAAGCCGUCAUGCUCGGCGGCGCCCCGGUGGCCCAGGUCACACCCAAUCACCCGGAAAAUCAGCGACAGCGGUCGGUGUGGCAGUUUUCUUUCUUCCUGUGUAUUGUCGAUCUGUUGCAGCAUUCGGGUCCCAUCACGGUAAGUGUCGGGGACCCUCUCUACCGGCAGGCAGACACGCAGGUAUUCCAGCACUUCCACGUCAACGAGAUCCAACAAACGGGCCCCAAUCUGCGGAACACCUUUCUCUACAUGCCGUUCCUGGUCGUCAGCGUCAAGCUACAGAACCUGGCCAAGGGGCCCGGCAUCGUGUUUAUGGAUCUGGGGCCGAAUGACCACAACAACCCGGUGGUACAGCAGUGGAUGAACGCGUUGCCGAUCAGUCACUGGUUCCAGGCCGCUAAUCUACUCGCCGGAUUCCAGGCGGGGGCGACGUUCGCGGAUCAUGCGCUCUUCGCUUGA